GCGGUAGAAAGGAACAUGACACAAGAUUCUGAGUAAAAGACAAGCAACAAAGAAUUUAUAACAUCAGAAGCCGGUUUUUCACAGACCUAGACGGCCACAUAAUACCACAACCCUUCAGCCGGCUGAUCUCAUGUGUAAUUGCCAGCACAAACUUCUCUAACCACAUCCUUUUCCUCAUCUCUUUAAAUAAACCCUCUUCCAUUGGAACACUAAUUAACUCAUUAUAUUAUUUGUUACAUCAAAUCCUAGAGGUGCAACAUUAUGGGGAAACUCUCACAGCACCAAACCCAGAAAAACAAUGCAACUAAGGAUAAUAGUACUCUUAAUGCCACAAACACCAAGGUGAAACGAACAAGGAGAAGUGUCCCUAGAGAUUCUCCAAUUCAAAGAAGCUCAAUAUACAGAGGAGUCACUAGACACAGAUGGACUGGCCGAUAUGAAGCUCAUUUGUGGGACAAGAAUUGCUGGAAUGAAUCUCAGAACAAGAAAGGACGACAAGUCUAUCUUGGUGCUUAUGAUGAUGAAGAGGCGGCAGCACAUGCUUAUGAUCUUGCAGCAUUGAAAUAUUGGGGUCCAGAUACCAUUCUCAACUUUUCAUUAUCGACCUACCAGAAUGAAUUGAAUGAAAUGGAUGGUCAAUCAAGGGAGGAGUAUAUUGGAUCAUUAAGGAGGAAAAGCAGCGGUUUUUCUCGUGGUGUCUCUAAAUACAGGGGCGUUGCAAGACACCAUCAUAAUGGAAGAUGGGAGGCUCGGAUUGGCAGGGUUUUCGGCAACAAGUACCUUUACCUCGGAACUUAUGCUACACAAGAAGAAGCUGCAACAGCAUAUGAUAUGGCAGCAAUUGAAUAUCGUGGACUCAAUGCUGUUACCAAUUUUGACCUAAGCCGUUACAUUAAGUGGCUUAAGCCUAAUCAAAGCAACACUGAUAAUAACACCAAAGUUACCACCUCUGAUCAAGAUCUUGUUGACUCUAACCCUAUUAGCAACACCAAUAAUUUCAUCCCAGAUAACCCUCAUGAUAAAAAACAAUCAGGACUUAAUAACUUCUUCCAAAGUCAAGAGUCAUUUAAUAGCAGUAAUGGAGAAGAAGAAACAAUUACAAUGGUCCAGCCUAGGCCAGCUGCUGCCACAUCAGCCCUAGGGCUUUUGCUUCAAUCAUCUAAGUUUAAGGAGAUGAUGGAGAUGACUUCUGCUGCUGAUUUGUCAACGCCAGCUGAGUAUGAUAUUCAGUUGGCGCCCUGUGCGUUCCCCGAUGACAUUCAAACAUACUUUGAGUGUGAAGAUUCUAGUAAAUAUGGAGAAGGGGAUGAUGAUAUGAAUAUGAUCAUGUUCAGUGACCUCAACUCUUUUGUUCCACCUAUUUUCCAUUGUGAUGACUUUGAAGGCUUGAAGGUUUAAUUAGUGCAUCAAAUUAAUGCACCUAGCUAGAAGCAAAAAGAUUCAAGUUGAUUUCUUGUUUGAUUUAUUUUUUUCACUGAUAACAUAGGUUUAUUUAAUUUCAUGGUCUCUGUAUAUGAAGACUCUAUUUGUUGACAGCAAGACAUUGAUUUGAAAAGGAAAGAAAGAAGGAGGAAGGAAGAAAGAAAACAUUGUAUGGUUUGGGAAACUGAUCUUGGAUUAGUGAGGAUGAUGAGAGAAAGGUGGGAAAGUGUUUAUUUCAUUUAUUGUAGUUGUAAAGAAAAUAAGCAUGUCAAAAGGGCAAAACAAGAAGAAAAAUAAGCAUUAUUAUUUAUUAGUUUAUCAUUAUAAGCUUCCUUUCAAAUAAUGAGAACUCUUGUAUCA